GCCUUUCUCUUGCCCUAUCCGUCCAACCACCCUUCUCUUCCAACCAACACAGUGUACAUUGAUGAUCAUGGCACUCACCCUGGAAGACGCUACACUGUACCUCUUCAUCCGCGGCAAUCCUAACCCACCGGAUCAUCAUGGCCUCUAUUGGCACCGUUCUGGAAAAGGUGGCAAAGAGUACCACGCACGCAACAUUGGCUUCGGCUGGCUCAAGGAGAUCGGCAUCACGCACGGCCUGCCAACCUCCAUGGGCCUCAUCAUCCUCCUUAAACUGACACCCUUACCUGAAUAUCGUUUGAAAGAGGGCCUGGAGAAACUUGUAGAGGAGGUCGAGGUACGACCAUACGACCCAACAUUUAACUGUAUCGUGUGGAUCUGCGAGGUACUGGGCAAGCUGGCUGAAGAGGGAUUGAUUGAAUUCAAGGAGGGAUGUGAUACAGAGACAUUGCUCGAGGAGGUGAAGAGGAAGUCAUCCGAGAUUCGAGACGGUGUCAUGGAUGGAACCCUUCCCUCUAAGGUUGCCACUUCGGAGUGUUGUGUCGUGGAAUGAGGAACACUUGUGCAUGUUUUGUUAGUGGGAUGAAUUCUUGACCAAAAAUGUUCAGAUUAAAACUACUUGCGGUACAAUAGGCCACCUGAUGAUAAUGUCCAUCCAAUCUUUGAAGGCUAUUUGCACCUCUCCAAAUGGGUUAUGACGGAACGACAGUCUUUCGUGAGCAAUUGCCACUUUCAGCCGUCAGCGGACCUGGGUAAAUAGCUAUAAAGAAACUUGGAUGAACUUGGUAGAUAGUACGAGAAGACAUUAGACACAUAUUAGAAUCGCAACUUCUGUGAUCUCACACAUUUCCGAUCUUCCGAUCACUCUGAGAGUACUAAUGCCCUGUCUCUGUCGGAUACUAGGACUAGUAUUACACCUAUUCUAUAGAUAAACCCGUCCUAUAUCAUCGCUCCACUAUACAUCCGCC